UAUCUAGCUAUAGCUUCCAUACAAUAUCUCUAGCCAUGACUAAUUCCAAUUUCAAACACUUCAUUAUCCUUCUCCUAUUAUUCUUCAUUUCACCCACUUUCUCUCAACAAUCAUUCAGACCAAAAGCCUUAGUUCUCCCAGUCACAAAAGAUAGUGCAACAACACUCCAAUACAUAGCUCACAUCAACCAAAGAACCCCACUAGUCCCACUAAACCUCAUUGUCGAUCUCGGCGGCCAAUUCCUUUGGGCCGAUUGCGAGAACCAAUAUGUUUCCUCUACAUACCGCCUUGCACGGUGUCACUCCGCCCAAUGCUCCCUCGCCAAAGCCGACGGCUGUGGCAAUUGUUUCUCAUCACCCAAACCCGGCUGCAACAACAACACAUGCGGUCUCGCUCCCGAUAACACUAUCACCCACACCGCCACAGGUGGUGAACUAGCAGAAGAUGUUUUAUCAAUCCAAUCGACAAACAGCUUCAAUCCAGGACAAAAUGUCGUUGUUUCACGCUUCUUAUUCUCGUGUGCACCAACUUCCUUAUUACAAGGACUCGCAAGUGGUGCCUCGGGCAUGGCCGGUCUUGGAAGAACCAAAAUCGCUCUUCCAUCUCAAUUAGCUUCUGCUUUUAGUUUCGAUAAAAAAUUUGCAUUUUGUUUUUCCUCUUCAGAUGGCGUCAUUAUCUUCGGUGAUGGUCCGUACGGUUUUCUCCCUAAUACCGCUACUCUCCCUAAUGUCGUAUAUGAUGCAAAGUCACUCACAUACACACCACUUUUAAUCAAUCCUAUUAGCACAGCUUCUGCCUUCUCGCAAGGAGAGCCUUCAGCUGAGUAUUUCAUCGGGGUGAAAACAAUAAAAAUAGAUAAAAAAGUGGUUUCACUUAACACGAGUUUGUUAUCCAUAGACAAUAACGGUAUUGGUGGAACAAAAAUUAGUACGGUUGAUCCUUACACGGUUCUUGAAGCUUCUAUUUAUAAAGCGGUUACAGACGCUUUUGUUAAAGCAUCUAUUGCUAGAAACAUAACAAGGGUGGACUCAUUUUCGCCUUUUGAAUUUUGUUAUAGUUUUGACAAUUUGCCCGGGACAACAUUGGGUGCGUCCGUGCCUACUAUUGAACUUGUUUUGCAGAAUAAUGUGAUUUGGAGUAUGUUUGGUGCAAAUUCGAUGGUGAAUAUAAAUGAUGAGGUUUUGUGUCUUGGAUUCGUGAACGGUGGUGAGAAUCCGAGGACAUCAAUUGUGAUCGGAGGAAAUCAGUUGGAAAAUAAUCUUCUUCAAUUUGAUUUGGCUGCAUCUAGAUUGGGUUUUAGCUCCACACUCUUUGCACGCCACACUGAUUGUUUUAGAUUCAACUUCACCUCCACUGCCUAGAUGCAUAUUGUCAACUUGGACAUGCUUUUGAAAUAACUAGUGUUACCUUCAUUCAUAAUAAGUGAAUUUAAAAUUUGUAUCUGCUUUGAGAAGGAUUAUAGUUUAUUUGAUGUAAACUAAAGUAUCUCAUUUCCCCUUUGGGUACACUUGUUUGUUUAUUUAUCUAAGAUUGAAUAAUUUUUCCAAUACAAACAAAUAUUUGAUAUUUCA